AUGGCAUCCGGCUACGAUCGAGCUCUCUCCGUCUUCAGUCCCGACGGUCACGUCUUCCAGGUCGAAUAUGCGCUCGAGGCCGUGAAGCGAGGAACAUGCGCCGUUGGUGUCAAGGGCUCGGACAUAGUAGUACUCGGCUGCGAGAAGCGAUCAGCAAUGAAGCUGCAAGACACGCGUAUCACACCCUCCAAGAUCUGCCUCGUCGACACCCACGUUGCCCUCGCCUUCGCUGGACUGAACGCCGAUGCCCGUAUCCUUGUCGACAAGGCCCGCCUGGAAGCACAAUCACAUCGCUUGACAGUCGAAGACCCCGUAUCGAUAGAGUACAUCACCAAGUAUGUUGCCGGUGUGCAGCAGAGAUACACGCAGAGUGGUGGUGUCCGACCGUUCGGCAUCAGCACGCUAAUAGUCGGCUUCGACCCUAACGACAAGACCCCGCGCCUGUACCAGACUGAGCCCUCUGGUAUCUACUCAGCAUGGAAAGCAAAUGCUAUCGGCCGAUCGAGCAAGACAGUCCGCGAGUUCCUGGAGCGCAACCACAAGGAAGGCAUGGACCGGGAAGAGACGAUCAAACUGACAGUCAAGUCACUACUAGAGGUAGUGCAAACUGGUGCAAAGAACAUCGAGAUCGCGAUCAUGGCGCCUGGAAAGCCCAUCGAAAUGCUGCCUGUCGAAGAUAUCGAGAAGUACGUGGAAAACAUCAACACAGAGAAGCAGGAAGAGGCGGCGAACAGGAGGCCUGGACGGCAGCCCGGUACAGGCCAGGCCGCUAUCCUAACCCGUCAGACCCCAGCUGAGGGCUCAGGAGCCGACUUUAUGAACCUGUAUAAUGCAGAUACGACCAGCUAG